AGAAUGUUGAGGCCGGUGGUCUCUGUGGGUGAACAAGAGAGCGAGGUAAACAUAUGGAGGCUUCAGCUUCAGCAGCUCAAGGUGUAGGCAACAUGGCUCCACCUGAAGGUUCAAAACACAAAAAAAAUAGAAAGCGCUCGAAGAAGAGGACACCUCUGGUUGGGGCGUGCGCAUCUUCCGAUUCAGGAGGGACUCUAGGAGAGCAAUCACAGGAAGGGCAAAUCUCUGUGCCUUCAAUAGCUGGAACACCAAAACCAGUCUCUCCAAAUUCAGUUGAUCUUACAUCUUCCCCUAAACCUAAAGUAAGAAUUCCACAAGCUACAUCACCAAAGAAAGGACCUUCACAAGGACUAGACAGUAAUGUUGGGUCAGUGAAAGGAGAGCCUUCACAACUCGGGAAACAUAUAGCAGGACUCCAACAUACAAAGGCACCUAAAGGUGGCACUUCAAAAAAAGGCUCACCAAAAAUAACUGUUUCAAAUGGACCAGUUUCUGCAAUAGAACCAUUGACAGCAGGGCCAACACAACCAGUUGCACAAAAUGAUAAAACUUCAAAGUCAUCUAAUUUUGAAACAUUGCACAAAGUUAGAGUUUCAGGAGCUGAAGCACUAGCAAAAGUGCCUUCACAAGAGAAAACUAAAUUAAAAUCCCUUGAAAAGCAGUCUCCGCAAAAAGCAUCUGCUUCAUCACAGUCAUCGUCUGUUCAAGAGUCCAAUUUAUCCUCUACCUGUUCAUCACAACUGUUGGCAUUAGAAACACAAGCAAUUACAUCAGCUGUAACUGUGGAAAAUUCUCAUUCACAGACAAAUGUGAAAGAGCAGAACAUCUCAAGUGACAGUGUGACAGAAAGAACUAAUAAUUCAAAAUUUAACCCAUUAAACUUUGAAUUGAACUCAAUCAUCAUGACUGAAGCAACAAGCAAGUUAGAUCAUCUCUGUAAUCUUUUGGACCGUAUAGUUAUUCAACAUAGUGGUAAUGAGGCUUGUAGCAAUAGCACUGGUAAACCUAUUUCAACUGGUCAGGAUGCCAGAGAAACAUCACCAGUGAAAAUUAUUUCCUCAGAAUUAGUGUCUCUUCCUAGUACUGUGUUAGAGUCUACAAGAGUAAAAUCUAAGGAAGAAAUAGAACGAGAAAGAAAGGCUCGAAAAGAUGCUAAAAAAAUGUCUAAGAAAAAAAACGAAGAAAAGAAUCAAAAUGAAAAUAAAUCGGAAAGUGAUAAUCAUGUUAAAAUGGAGAGUAAGACAGAGAUUCUACACAAACAGAAGCCGACGGCUCUGGCUACGAUUACUCUAGAGAAACAACAUGUGGACAAACAGAAGCCACUGCAACAGAUACAGAAAGAAAAGUCAUCUGCAACAUCUCAAGGAACAAGUCAAGAAGGUGCAAGUGGAAAAUCAAAGGCAGAUUUGCGGAGAGAGAGGCGUGAGAAACAGGAGGCUCAGAGGCAAGCAAAAAUAACAGCUAUAGCUAAACAAGAGCCAGAAAAACAACACAAGGGGCAGGUACAAGUCCACCUUGGUAAUGAUAAAGUAAAGCUUCCCCAGAAAAAAAAGAAGAGUGGAUGGGAAGGAGGAAGGAGAUGGAGAAAGAGUCCAGUGGACAACUACCAGACCGGUCAUAGGAUUCCCUUAUUGGGCCAUCUCACGCCACACUCUUCCCAGCCACCCAUUUAUCCUGUCAAUUGUGAUGCCAUCCAUCCAGCUAUUCGAACUCUUGGAUUGAAAAUGAAGGAUCGCAUUGUGGAUGGCUCAACAGCAAGAGUUGUUUCUACACUGGCUGCGUUAAAGCGAUUUAUUAGCGAUUAUCGAACGCCCGAGUCAUGUGAUCUUUCACGUGAUUUAGCUGAAAAACUACUUCCAAAUGUGGCUUUUCUCAAUGCAUGCCGACCUCAAGCAAUAGCCAUGGACAAUGCAAUUCGAUUUUUAAAGCACAAGGUCAAUAGCAUUGAGCCCAACAUGCCUGAAGCACAAGCCAAGGAUGAGUUACGAACAUCCAUUGAUGAAUAUGUGCGGGAUAACAUUAACCUGGCCAGUAGCACUAUAGCUUCACAUGCUGCAUCUCUCAUCCAGGAUGGAGAUGUUAUUCUCACUUUUGGAUAUUCUGCCCUGAUGUAUGAGGUGAUUGAAGCUGUAUAUAAUGGCGGCAAUAUAGUUAGUGUUGUUGUGGUAGACUCUCCAUACCCUUCUUCUGGUGCUGCUAUGGUCAAGAGACUGUCCGCCUUGGGUGUUACCACUUAUUACCGGCUUAUCACAGAUGUCACGCAUAUUAUGCAUAAGGUGACCAAAGUGGUGGUGGAGGCAGAGGCAGUGAUGAUGAACGGAGCCAUUCAAGGAACUUGUGGCACCGCUGGAUUAGCCCUUGCUGCGGCUAAUCAUGAUACACCAUUUAUUGUGCUCUGUCAUACCUACAAGUUUUGCAACAAUGAUCUGACUGACUCUUUGGUUAUUAAUGAAUUAGGAGAUGCAGAUACUGUAGUCUCAUGUCCAUCAAAAGAAUACCGUGAUCUUCUUGCUAAUUGGAGAGAGACACAGAAUCUGAAUGUUGUGAACCUUGUCUAUGAUGUGACACCAGCCUGCUUAGUUACAGCUCUUGUUACAGAACAGAGCGUUUUGCCUACGUCUGCAGUGCCAGUUAUCAUCCGUCGCAAUUAUGCUGACAUUCUUGGCCAAGAUUAAGAUAUUUUAUUUGCAGGUUUUAUGAAUAUAUGAAAUGUUUUAAGAUAUUUAUUACAUUUUCUCAAAUUGUUUCCUUAACAUUUAGAAAUUUGAAUAGAUUUAUGAAUUACGUUGUGUGAAAUUUACACAGUACAAUAGCUUGCUAGGGAGUUCUCAUUCUCUAUACGGUACAGUAUAUGGCUGCCAUCUUCCACAAAAGUAACACAUUUUUUAUUCUUUAAAAAUCAUUCAGUUGCAUCGAGAAUUCAAGACCAAAGUAAUCUUUUGACUGGGCAAUAUAAUUCUUCCAUUAAAUUUUUGUUACAACAAUUAUUUUUGUAUCUAUACUGUUUAUUUAUCUUAAUAAAACCAGGAAAAAGCUGAAGUCUAAAUGAAUUUUGUUCUUUGAAUCUCUUAAAUGUACAGUACUCAGAAAAAUAGACAUGAUUAAUGCAUAGAUAGGGAAAAAAUGGUAGUAUCAGAAUUCAUAAAUCAUUGUAAAAUAUAGUAAACCGUUAAUAAUAUACUUGCUAUAUGGGCAUGCUUUAGACAAACCUUUUUUCCUUCCAAGAUGAACCUGUCUAACCUUGAUGCAUUUCUCUGGAACCUAAUCUUAUCAUGCAUUGUAAAAUGCAUUAAAGAUUUUUUGUAUCACCUCAAGGAAUAAAUUUGUUCAUACUACACUGUGAUA